UAUAGUUAUUAAUGUUAUUAUUGUUUUACAGACUGGAUUAUAUUUAUAAUAAGUAUAAGUAGUAGUAGUUAAAAUGUCAAAUAAUUACAUUUUAAACUCUGUACGAAAUUAUAUGUCUUCGAAUCAUAUGGUUGUCGACCAAGAUUGGUUAUCAGAAUGUGUCAAUCAUUUAAUUGGAAGCAACUUUAAUGAAGAUGAAAUAAAACUACAAACAAAAGAACAGUGGUUAUUAAACAAUCUAACUGAUGUCUGCCCAGGAUGCUUACCUCAAAAUUUGAAAAGUAGGGUUAAAAUAGAAUUAAAUGGUCAAUAUGUACUCCAAAUAAAUGCUUUAGUGGAUAUUGGGUCUUCAGCUUAUCAGCAACAUUUAAAAUUACAAAAAGUAAACACAGAAAACAUUGAGGCAACUACAAGAUUUGAUGACAAGGUAUCGAAUCACAGAAUGAUUCAAUUGUAUAUGACAGAUGGCGUGCAGGAGGUUACCGGUAUAGAGUACAAGCCCAUGAGGAAUCUCUCUCUCGAUGUGAUACCGGGUAGCAAAGUGCUUAUAAAAGGUCCAGUGGAAUGUAGGCGUGGAGUGAUUUUGUUGACGGAGAAUUGUAUAGAACUGCUCGGUGGGGAAGUCGAGGAAUUAAUCAUCGCUAAUUCGCAAGCCGCCAUUCUUUCUUCCAAAUUGAGUUUACCAAUUCCACAGGGUACAGCGAUAAAUCAGACAAGAGAUCGCACUAUUCCAUCACCAGAUAUCCAAACGACUCAUUCGAUAAAUUCUCAUGAACAAAUAGAACCGAUGUCCAAUUUUGUUGAAGACGAAAUCGACAUGGAACAAUUAGAUGUAAUCGAAGCUCAGUACAGCAGCGCCUUGACGAAAAGGCGCUCAGAAGACGACAUGUCGAAUUCAGAUAAAAGAAUCAAAAGGAACCCCAUCUCCAGUUCGAAUAAUGUCGACGAUUAUCCUGACGACAGCGAAAUGUUCUUCGAAGACGAAGAAUACCUUAAGGAAUUAGAAGCGAAAUUUGAUGAGAGAGAAAAUGAAAUAGAAUUUAAUACUAACUUCAAUAGUGGAGGUGCUAGGUCUGAGUCUAACGACGUGAAUAAUGCAUGGACUGCAUCUACUUCUAAAGAUGAUAGAUCAGAACCACUUAGUCGAUCUAUAAGGUCAUCAUCAGAACCAUUUGUUUACAUAAAACAAAUAAAUGAUUUGGGUGAGUUGGAAAGGGCCGGAAAAGUUUUUAAGGUAAAGGCACAAAUCCUGAAGAUUUUAUCAAAGUUGACUGUAGGUAAGGAAGGGUGGAGUUUAAGCUGUACGAUUGUAGAUGGUACUGGUACGAUAGAUGUCGACUUCUCGAGCGAUGUACUAUCUAAAUUAGUCGGGUUCACGCCUCAAGAAAUGAUCCAGAUGAAAAAACAAAUGGCGAAGAACGCGCAGAUUAAGGAUGCAGCAGUUUCGGCUCUACAAAAAGCUAAGGAUAAUCUUCAAGUACUCUAUUGCAUCAUUGAAAUAAUUAUAUUAGAACGUCCCUUGAUCUCACAACUUAUACCAUUUGAAACUUUUCAUACAGAGAUUUUGAUGAGGAGACUAAAAGAUAGCGGUCUAUAAAAAAUAUAUUUUUGUAAAAAUGUGUUUAGUGAGCGAUGUUUAGUCUAUAGUGCCUUAAAGAUGAAAGAAGGAAGGAUAAGAAAUGUUAAUGCUUUUAAUGCCUCUGGUCUUGGACCAGGUCGACUAUUAAAAAUAACAUUUAUAAAUUGUUCAUACUGGAACUAUUAUGUAUAUAUUAGACGACUUCUUAAAAAAAAACGUUGCCAUAUUUUUUUUAUAACAUUUCCUUACUGCUCAUUUGGAUAACCAGACAGGAAGGAACAAAAAUCGAAAACGUUAAAAUAUUAUUUGAUUUUCUAACUUAUAUUAACAAUUAAAAGGAAGUCAUUAUGGAGAUUAAAAACAAAAUAAUUUUCAUAAACUUAAGAAAUGAUGACUGACCUCGUACAAGCUAAGAUUUGAC